UUGGCGGAUUUGGCGCGCACUUCAUUUCGGUGCAGAUGUUCUGCUCCUGUAGUGGCUUGGUUAAUCUGCUCAACUGUACUGCGCACACAAAGCUGCUGCAGUGCAGGUUUAGGUGUGAAAACUAAUUUCUGAUGUGUUGAAGAAAACGUUCGAAAGCUGCGACGUCGCAUAGCAGCUUUGACGAGCCGGCGAUGGACAACGAGGCGAUUCGCGGGAAGAUCAGAAAGUGUAUCACGAACAAGAAUUUAAAGCCAGUGCACCAAUUUUUGCUGAACAAUGCGGCCAAAGGUGGAUCGGAUGUAUCUGCAAUUGCAAAAAAAGUUAUCGAAGAACUUCCCGACAAUGACUUCGGACGAGAACAGCAUAAGGAGAUGUUUGACAUCAUCCUUUCUAUGUUGAAGAAGUUCGACCUCUCACCUGAAGUGUCCUCUUCACUUAUAGGGGUUCUUAAUUCUGAGGUGAACAACUUGUCCAUCAGCACACGUGCAGCUAUUGUGUAUGAUCUUCUUGAUUCCCUGAAGGAAGGAACACCUUUGGACAGAAGAUGGCUUGAGGUGCUCCCGGACUUAUUGACAAGUAUUUCUCAGAGUGAUACUGUUUCUGCAAGGGGCGAUAGGCUGUCUGGUGGGCAGUUUAAGAAAUUGGUCAUCGACAACCUCUGCUCCUGUCCGUGGGAGCCUAAAUGGGCCACACCAUUGGCACGCAUUCUCAGUGAGAUUCCACUUGAUGCAUCUGAACUGGAAUUGGCCAUUCCAAAGAUGAUGAGGGUUCUGCCAAACCUCGAAUUGCCUGAAGUUCCUCCCCUGGUGUAUCAACUACUACUGUUCUCCAACCAAGAAUGCACUGAAAUCUUGAUAGAGUCGGUAGUUAAAUUCUUCAGAGAAAAGGACUUGGAGCUGGAAGAGCUACGGGCAACUGCAUUGAACGGAAAGGAAAACCUUGAACAGACAGAGGCUACUGUCGUUCUUCACAUUGUUUUUGCUGCACGUCAGAACCCUACCAUCAUAAAUUUUUUUAUUAAAAUGCUGAAGGCGAGGCAGAUGAAAGCAGAGUUCAUCUUUGGCCAGUUCACGCUUACACUUGCACUGGCUCUUGCUAAAACACGACACUUCACUGAGCAGGUACUUGAUGUCCUGAAAUCGGCCGCAUCAUUUCACAUUCAAAGGCAAGCCAAAUAUAGAGAGUAUAUGUGGAUUCGAGAAAUGAUUCCUGUGCCAAAGGACAUCAAGCAGCUGAUUGUGAAUAUGAUCAAGCACAGCAAGUGUGGCUGGGAAGAAUCAUCACAAAGCCUUGUUGAGUUUGGUUUUUUGCUUAUGGACAUGUACAAUCCUCGGGCCGGAUUUGGAAGAACAGGGCACAGCACUGCUUUUGACUGCUGCCAACUUGGACAAGCAAUUAUUCUUGAGACAUUCAUAGUCAACAGGGAUGCCUGUGGCAACAUUAUGGACCUUGUUGUUGAUCGCUUUCUGUCCAAGCCGUGUGCACCAACAGAUCAUUAUUUCGAACUUCUGGCCCAAAUGAUUCAGGCAUCACCUCAGCUCCUAGUUCAGUGCCAGUCACAGAUGCAGAAGUUAUUGGGCCACCUGCCUAACAUGCCCUGCCAGAGCACUGUAAAGCUCCUACGUGCGUCAACACCACUCAUCAAAGCAUCUUCAACACUUCGUGACUGGCUUAUGAUCGUGCUGCGUAAGCUGCUUUUUUACCGUGAGUUGGAAUGCCGGAAGGUGGCAGUGUCUGGUAUCCUCGUUCUACUUCGCAACCUCAAGCCUCGAGGACCUGUUGGUGGCUUUGGUCGCGAGGUUGACUUUACCUUAAGUCAGCUUUCCGUGCAAGUGCCUCAGCCAAGUGACCCUGGCUCACACCACUCAGUUUGCAUGGAGCUGCUUGGUCUACUUGGUAAGAGCCUCACGCAGCAGGGCGCCUUACGUCAAUUGCUAUACCAGGGGUUUCCUGAAGUCAUAGAUCAAAAUAUCAACCUGACUGAAGCUGUCCUGGAGUUGCUUCUCUUACAACUUCAGAAGUACUAUGAUGGAGAUGACAGUUCAUAUCCGCCGUUGAAGUUGUCAGGAGUUGUCCAGAUCAACAUGGACAAGGCAGUUUUGCAAGAACCUCUGAGCCAGCUUGUCCUUGGUGCCCAUCGGUGCCUCAUGAUUGCAAAGAAACAUUCUCAAGGUUCCACUGAUGAUGGGCAAGGAAGUGGUGUUCAACAGACUCUCCAGAAACUCCUGGGGAGCUUAACAAAUGUCAUGGUGGAUGCUGAAUUGGAGGCUUUUUCAUUGGACAAGAUGUCCGACUUCAGCACGAGUAGUGUUGGUCAAAAGAACAGACUCAUUGCAACAGAGCUAAGAAAUAUUUGUGAAGCGCUUAUUGAGCACACCCUGUCAUGUGGCAGUUGGAGUGCCAGCAGUGCACAAGUCUCCCUCAAGCUUUUUGAGCAGCUGAAUGACAUUGAGCAAUUGCUUCAAAAUGGUUCCAACAAAAAGAAGGACAGCAAGGCCAGUGCUUCAAGCAAGAAGAAGGAUGCCAAAGCAAAACCAGCACCACGAAAAAGUUUACCUUCACUUCUUACCACAAGGUUUCUGGGGAAGUUCUUGGAGAACCUUUUCUGCUCUUCGUCUGAAUACAGUGGUCUCUCAGAACUGUCAGAAAAUUUAAGCUUCAUGCAACACAUUGUUAGUGCAGCACGGCAUGAACUUGUGAAAGUCCAGGAACCUGGGACUUUUGAGGCCCUUUACAAUGAACGCCUCCUCCAGUCACACUUCAGAAUUUCCAGGGUUUUUCUUGAGGUGUGCAAGCAGAAGUCCAAAGAGUCUGACAGUGAUAUUGCUGCCAUCUGCAUUGAGAGCCUUGGGAGUCUGGUUUCCAGUGUGACAAAACAUCAUGUUGAUCACCUGCCACUCUUACUUGCGACUUUAGAGGGCAUGGAUUCUUCUGAAGUUCCGGAUAUGACUCAGCUAAUGAAAUCGCAGUACACAGUGUACAAGGCACUUGUGAAUGACAUCUUGUGUCAGACCGAAGAUAGUACACGACUGAAGGAACUCAUUCCCAUAAUGCUCAUCUGCUGCUGUCUGAGCCGUUUUAUUGAACCGGGUUCCCUGAUGUUUGGUGAGCUCCAAGAUUGGAUAAGGGAAAUCUGCAAGCAGCAAAGCAUAACCGAUCCAGCUGUAGCUCGCAGUCUACUCUCAUUUUAUCUUACUGUGAGCCAUCAAACGCAUGACUGCCUCAAGAACUUCGGCAAUAUUGCUGUCUGCUUCCAUUACAACCUUGGAGAUGUGGACGAGGAUGUAGAGCUCUCCACUAAACAAGUGUUCUCCCUUAUCAAUGCCAAGACCGUGGCAUCACUAGUGCCAGUACUUCUUGAGCACAUUCACAAAGUACAUGAGCGCAUCGACUGGCUACUGGCUCUGGUCAGGUCCUGUACUGCCCUGGAAGCACACAUGAAGGAAAAUGACAGUGAAGACUCUGCAGCAUCUUCAAGGCAAGUCCAGGAAGUGGGUCUGUGCCGGCAGCUUGGCUACCUGGUGGCCAUAUUCAUAGAGCUGACCCAGUCUCAGCUGCCAGCGGGCCAGUGCACUGAGGCUGUCAUGAAGCAGCUCACUCGACUCUACAAUUCACUCGCUGGCCUUAGCAAACUGUACCUGUCACUCUACAGCUCCAAGUUUGGUAGCUUCUGCAGCAAAUAUGAAAAGCUUAUAAAGCUUGCAGCCACACAGCUCACACCAAAUGUCUACACAAUGAUCACUUUCCUCCAAAAUGCAGAAUCUGAAAGGGAGCCAUCAAAGAAAAAACCACGAAGAGAUGAAGUGCAGAAGGCUGCAGUUGCUAGGGAACUAAGUACCAUUCCAUCUCUGAUUUACGCUAUUGAGCAACAUGAGAAGCUGCUCAUCCAAUUGGUGAAGAAGUCGAAGGUUAACCUGAUGGAGUUUGUGAAGAUGAGUACUGCUCGAGACUUUCGCAUUAAUUCAGCUACAGUACAGGCACGCCUCGAGGAGUCUGCAGAAGCCAAUGGCAGUGCGGAUGAGGACAACGCAAGCGUGGCAUCUACAGGCAGCUGUUCAGCACCAAGGUCUGGUACAGCAAAACCAAAAAGCAAACGGCUCCGUAAAGCCCCAGGAAGCAAGAAGUAACUGUUGCAUUGUAGCAUAUGAACAGUAAUAUGUAGAUAUUCAAUAUAAAUGCUUUUAUAAAAGUGAACUGGGUAAUAUUUCAUGUCGAACUUUCACUGAUGUGAGUAUAUUGAAUUCACUGUAGAGUUUUUU